AUGAUGCAGUCGCUGCGAAAGAAGCACCAGGCUAGCGCUGGCGAGGUACCACAGUGGGUCCGCGAUUUCACCAUCGAUACUGCUCAGCGGCCUUCACUUACGACCGACAUCCUGGCCAGAGCUAUCCAUACAGCCUCUCGAGCUUCAGCAGCAGGGCCAUCGGGGUGGGUCACAGAGCAUCUGCGCGACACCUUCCUCACUGAACCUUCCUGCCUUUCCCACUUGUUGGAAGUGUUCAACCAAUGGGUGGCAGGACAGGUCCCCGAGCGGGCUCGGCCGUGGCUCGCCGCACCCAACCUAGUCGGGCUUUCCAAGCCUAACGGCGACGUCCGGCCGGUGGCGAUCGGGGAGGUGCUUCCUCGUAUCCUUGCUCGAGCUCUCUGCAUCUCGCUCCGCCCUGCAAUGGUUUCCUACUUCCUACCGUACAACCAGCUGGGAGUGGGCACCAGGGUCGGGGCGGAGAUUCUCACUCAUUCUUUCCGGUCAGCGCUGGCCACUCACCCCGACUGGUGUGCGCUACAGAUAGAUGUCGCAAACGCCUUCAAUUCGCUUCACCGUCAUGUGAUGUUCGAUGGGCUGCGGGAGUCGCCUUUCUCAGAGAUGAUCCCAUUCUUGCGUGUCUUUUAUGGGACACCUAGCGACCUGUACCUCAGAGCAGGCCCUUUCAUACAGAGCCUCGAGUCAGCACGGGGAUCGAGGCAGGGGGACCCGCUCGGCCCUUUUCUUUUCGCGUUCACUCAGCAGCAGGUGAUGGAGCCGGUUACUAAGGAGUUCAAGGACCUGCUUUUCCUCAGCUAUACAGACGAUACCUAUAUUUUGGGGCCAGCGGCUAGGAUUCUGGAGGCUUUUGGGGUGCUUCAAGAGCGGUUAGAGUGGGUGGGGCUAGAGGUGCAGGCGCACAAGUGCCGGUUUUGGGAGCACGAGGGCAAGGAGGUGGAGCGGGCACUGCCAUUGGGGAUGCAGCGGGUGGAUGAGGGUCUUACUGUGGUGGGCGUGCCUGUUGGAGAGGAGGUUUGGGAGGUGGUCCGGCUACGGGAGCGGCUUCGACAGUUGCAGGCGCCACUGCCAUGGCUCCCCUUGCUCGACCACCCCCAGAUGGCUUCACACCUCCUCGCCAUUGCAGUUUCAACGCGGCCGAUGUAUCUCGCCCGGACUAUGCCGCCGCAUCCGGAGGUAGUUGAGGCUUUUAGGGAUUGGGGCAGCUGUUUAGAGGAUUGCUUUGAGCAGCUUUUUCCACCUGGCACUUGGGAGCAGGACCCCGACCGGUCUAGGCGCGCACGCAUACAGCUGCAUCUCCCUGUGCGUCUCGGAGGGUUUGGGAUCCGGGCAGCGGCCUCUUUGAGCCCACUGUCCUAUGUUUGUGGGUGGGCGCAGGCCGCGCGUGACAUUGCACAGUUAGGGGUGGCGGGUGAGGAGGCGAUGUUUGCAGGGUACCUCACCACUUCGACAAGGGCAGAGUUUCUUGACCCGUGGUUUGUCAAGGCUCUUGAGCAGCUGCCAGCGACUAUCCGCCACGAGAUACUGGGCUUACCUCUGUGUGUAGCGGCCCCUCCUGUUCGGCUUUUCCAGGCGCGGCAGCGGCAGUUAGCUGUAGAGGAGCUCAAGGCACUGUGCCGCUUGGCUCGUGACGAUGCCACCUUGGCCCGUUUCACAUCCCUUCAGGGCCCGGGGGUAGGUGCAUGGGUUUCGGCGGUUCCGUCUCACCCAGAUCUCACAUUCACUGCGGCUGAGUGGGGCAUUGCUACUGCUAUACGGCUCGGCCUCCCAAUCCAGCAGCUGCAGGUGGCGGGGAGGUGUGUUUGCGUCGGGGGGGUGGUGAUAAUGGAGGAUAGUGUGGUGCUGCAAGGGAAGCGGGUUGAUGUGGCGGUGCGACGUCCAAUGGCUGGAGAGGCUCACGCCCUAGAGAUCAGCGUCGCGGACCCGCUAUCGCUGUCUCCAUCACUGCUGGGACAGUGCGGGCGUCAAAUAGGUGUGGCGGCAAGGGAGUGGGAGCGCCGCAAAACGAGUGAUUACGCGCCUCUGCUUGCACGCAACCGGGGCGUGCAGUUCACCCCUUUGAUAGUUGAGACGUGGGGGUGUCUCGGCGGUCGUUUUCAGCGGUGGCUUCGUCAGCAGGGGGAUGCGCACGUGGGACUAGCUGUGUCGUGGGGGGCUUGUCGAGAGGACGACUCUGUGUUUUCGGCUUAUCUUUUAGGGUCACUGAAGGCGCUCAUCGGGGUGGCGUUACAACGGGCGCAAGCCCGUGUCAUCCUGCUUCGAGCGGCGUCUUCCAUAGGGGGGAUUAACGUAGAUUUGGUGGAUCGGGAGAGGGACGAUGUCGAUGUGGAAGGCGGGGCUCUCUGGGUGGAGGCCCCGUACAUGGUCGAUACGUCGAUGUGA